AUGGAUUACUGGAAGUAAUACCUCAAUGGCAUCCUGGCAGACAGAAACACUGAAGAUGUGGCUGUCAUGGGCCUCUCCAACAAGCACGUGUGGGUGACCAAGCCAGGAGGUCUCCUCACAGCUCUCUCGGCUCAAGAAGUGGGCUUGAUCACAGGCCAGGAUCAGACAAUAUUCCUGCUAACAGGAAUCACCAUAACUGGCAAGAAGUGCGGUGUGAUUCGUGACAACCUGCUGGUGGAUGAAAAUGACAUGAUAUAUGUCAGAAGCAAAGGCAGUGACAGCAGAUCCAUCUGUAUGGGCAAGACCCCCAAGUCCCUGAUCGUCCUCAUGGGCAAGAAGGGAGUCCACAGAGGAGCCCUCAACCAAAAGGUGCACAAUAUGAUUGUGGGCAUGAAAGCAUGA